AGCAAAGCUAUUCGUGAGUCACAGACAUCCUCUCCACCGUUCAUGUCGGCCGUCUCGUCAAUGUUCCAUGUGCCGGAAAGAAGGUUGGAUCUAUGAUGGUUACCGUUGUUCAGAGUGUAGAGACUUCACAGCGCACAAGGAAUGUGCGGAAUCCCCUCCAGAGAUUGACUCACCUUCUCAUCCCCAACACCCUCUCAAGCUCCUCGUGUCUAAGGAAUACUCUUUCCAGUCACAUGAUUGUGAUUGUUGUGGAGUACAGCUUCUUUCAGGAAUGGUUUACCAUUGUUCGGUGUGUGACUUUUGGCUGGACAUCUAUUGUGCGAGACUCCCUCCACCGCAUGAUAUGGAAAACCCAAAAGCCCAUUAUGACCACCCCCUCACCUACAUGAAGAAAGACAUGACCUUCACCUGUCAUGUUUGUGAUUCGUAUUCUUAUGGAAAUCGUUAUGAAUGCAAACGAUGUGGUUUAGACUUCCACAGGGAAUGCGCCGAUCUCUGCCCGCAGAUAACCCACUCUGCUCACCGUGCUCAUCCUCUAAAACUUCUCAAGGAUGAUGGGGUACUUGACCAUACAAGUGUGAAGUGUUGCCUUUGCCAAGAUGUAUUCCACUCUAGACGUUGUUAUAUCUGCUCUCUAUGCAAAUUCAUAGUCCAUGUCGAGUGCGCAAAGAGCCCACCACCUCUUUCUUUUUCAAGCCUCACAACCCAUGAUCACGUCCUAACCCUCCUGCCUAUACGCAUCUCCUUCACGUGCAACGCUUGCGGGAUGGAUGGCGAUUGGAGCCCUUAUGUAUGCCUUCAGUGUUGUUUCGUGAUCCAUAUACGAUGCGUUGACUUACCCCGUCUCAUAAAUAUCAACCAUCAUGAUCACCGGGUUUCUCGCACUUAUAGUCUUCCUGCGGAGAAUCAUGACUCUGUCUGUGGAGUGUGUCGUAAAACAAUUGAUAGGAGGUAUGACGCUUAUUCUUGCUCUAGAUGCUCUCAGUACGCCGUCCAUUCAAGAUGCGCAACUUUGGAAAAUGUGUGGGAUGGCAAGGAACUCUACGGAAAACCUGAAGAAGUUGAGGAUAUCGAGCCGUUUAAGGUGAUAGCUCACAAUGUGAUAGAGCAUUUUAGUCAUAAAAAACACCAUUUGAGGCUAACAAAAGGUGGCAUUGACUGUGAGUCGAGCAUGUGCUGCAAAGCAUGUAUACGUCCUAUCUACUCAGAUCCGUUCUACAACUGUAUGCAACGUGAUUUCAUUCUUCACGGAAAAUGUGCUAAUCUUCCCAUCAAGAAACGACACGAGGUAUUUUCAGAAGAAUUUACUUUACUCCCUAACGCUGGAUCUCACCACGGUAUUUGGUUUUGUCACGUAUGUGACCGAUUCUCUGAUGGUUUUAAGUACAUUAGCGAUACGGAGAACAUUGUUGCUGCAUUCAGAAUGGACGUACCAUGCAGUUCGAUCCGCGAGCCAUUUGACGAUGAAUGUCAUCCUCAUCCCUUGUACUACAUUUCAGAUAGGAUGGGGAAAUGCAUGGCUUGUGGCGAAAUGAAAAUAUUUGUAUUGAGAUGUGUAGAAGAGGAUUGUGGAUCAUACGCUUUGUGCUAUAGGUGUGCUGGUUUGCCAAGAAGGGUAAAGCACAAGGUGGAUGACCAUACCCUCGUCCUACGCUAUGGGGAAAAAGAAGAAAAAGGAAAAUAUUGGUGCGAUGUUUGCGAAAAGAAAACAAACCCUAGCAAGUGGUUCUACACAUGCGACGACUGUGGACUCACGUUGCAUGUCAAAUGCGUUCUUGGGGACUUUGCAAAUGUCGAGCCAGGAAUAACAUUUCGUUAUUAUCACGACGCGGAUAGCAAAUAUGAAGUGGUUGCCAAUGAUAGCGUCAAUCGGCCACUUUGCUGUAAGUGCAAGAGACGUUGCAUGUCCUCCAACAUUAUAAAGACGUGUGAAGGCACAGAUCGAUACCUCUGCUCAAUUGAAUGUACGUAG